AUGAAGAAACAAAAACGAAGAAGUAAAACAAUUGUUUCUGUUGAGGGUAAAAAUUUAGAUAGUAAAGAGUCACCUUCUAAUUUAAAAAAAACAUCUAAAGAUAAUAAAUUAUCAAAAAAAAUUAAAACUGAUACUAAAUCAAUAAGUUCACAAGCUAAAUUUACAAAUAAUAAAAAUACAAAAUUGUCAAAUAGAAAUGUUGGUAAAUCUGGACCAGUUAGUAUUGAAUCACAAAAAUCAACAUUAAUAUCUGAUCAAGGUAGUAAUUUUAAAUCAAAUGAAAAAGAUAUAUCAGAAAAAAAAAGUAACAUAAUUGAAUGGUAUGAUAAUUUUGCUCGUUCUGACUUGAAAGAGUAUGCUAAAAUAUUAAAAUCACAAAAAUAUCUUAGUGAAAAAGAUCCUAGUAUUGAGGCACAAAAUGAGGAGGCUAAUGAUAAAAAAUCAAGAUAUGAUGAUGUCUUGGCAAUUGAUAAAACAAGAGUUAUUUUAAAAAGAACUUAUUAUAAAGAUCAGGAGGGUGAAAAUAAAAAAACAGAUUUUAUACAUGCUAACUGGGUAACACAAGAUAAGAUGAAAAAUAAAUUUAUUCUUUGUCAGGGUCCAACAUCAGAUAGUGUAGAAGAUAUGUGGGAGAUGAUAUUUCAGGAGAAUGUUGGUGUUGUCGUUCAAUUAUGUAAUUUUAUUGAACUUGGUGAAACAAAAUGUAAUAAUUAUCUUCCAAAAAAAGAAGAAACUUUUGGUGUAUUUAAGGUAACAUUUAUUCAAGAUGUUGAUUCUGAUCUUGAAAAUACAAUUAUUCGUGAAUAUGAAAUAACUGCUCCAGAUGGUAAAAAAAUUAAAACAACACAUUUUCUUGUUCAAUGUUGGCCAGAUCAUUUAGUACCAAAAUGUCAUUUAUUUUUAGUUCAAUUAUUACAAGAAACUAAAAGAGUAGCUGGAGAUAAAGUUAUAACAACACAUUGUUCAGCAGGAAUUGGAAGAUCAGGUACUUAUGGAGCAUUAGAAUAUCUUUAUGUUGGGAUGACUGAAAGAAAAAUAACAGAACCAAUGAUACUUAUAAAAGAGAUGCGUUAUCAAAGACAUGGAUCUGUUCAAAGUUAUAUUCAAUAUUUAUAUUGUUUAAUAUCUUUAGUUGAAAUAUUUAUUUUAAAUGGUUAUCUUAAGAAAGAUGAAAGAUAUAAUAAAUUAUUAGAUAAAUAUAAAUCAUAUUAUAGAAAGAUGUGUAUUAUAAUUGAAAGAAAAACAAAAGCUAAAGUUGAUAAAAAUAAAAGAGAUAAAAAAAGAACACCUCCAAGGAAUAAUGAAGAAUAA